AUGCUCAUGCGUGGCGUGGAGUUGUUGGUAGGACGAUAUGUAGACGCUCGAUCGAUGGGAUUGAUCAGCGACUUUGGAAGUCAGCAACCUGGUACUGGUGUUGAAUUGAUGGAAGCUGAACAGCAAACGAGAACCGGAUGCGGUCCCAACAGAGGCGACGGGAGAGAGGGCGCAAUUCCAGCACCCAAGAUGGUUUGGACGUCGAGUGUGUCGGCGAAGGAGGGAUGGGAGAGGGUGGUGGUGAGGUUGAGGAACGGAAGCAAAAGAGAAGAAGCAAGAAGAACGGGAAAACAGCGAGAAGAAGAGGAAAACGAGAAAGAGGAGAAAAGAGGAGAGCGCCCAAUACAGCCGCCCUGUUUAGCGGUAUACAUGCACGCAGGCUCCACCUUCGAGCAGGGCUUCCCGGCCGGGGCUGCGGGUCGGGUAUCUGUAUACCGUACCAAGGUAUCUGCGGGUAUUGAUGGCGGCGCCGUCAACAUUAAAUUACCUCCCAGCCCGCUCGGUAGUGGCCAGUGCUCGUUCGCUGGACCACUGGGGUUACAGAAUGGCAGAGCUUCCCGCGUGAAAAAACACUCCAGAAACAGGAUGCCAAGUGGUAUCGGCGCAUCGUCGAACUCACCAGUCGAAGCCUAUGCUGGCAAACCACAAGCUCCCGCUCACCAGCCAGUCAGAGACGUGCUCUCCGUUGCACCGGCUGGUGUCCUUCUUGCGAAAAGCCACUUCCGGAACGCCUUGACUGGUCUCUGCUAUGCGCGCCGGCGCAAGGAUAGCCCUAAAGGCGCUCCCAGUGCUGAACGACGCUGGCUGGCUGGGUUUGCUUGGUCUGUCAGCUUGACAAUCUCUCCGAGCUACUCCGUGGCUCAAGGUAGGGCAGCUCUUGACAGCUUGCUCUAG